UUGUGAUUGACGGUCGGCUCGAGGACACAAAUCGAUCGCAGGUGAAGCUGGACUAACAGAGACUGUCCUCCCACGGUUCAGCCAUUGCGGAGGCUUUUUCGUUGCAAAGGGACGACGAAGGGAGAUGCUGUAGGAGCAGAGUGCGCUGGGUGUGUGAGUCCAACCGCGGAGUAGAGAACAGUGUAUGCCACCGUUUCCCGUCUUUCUCCGGAUGGAUCCCGGACCUGCCCCCGCUCCUGCGUCCGUGGUGGCGGGCCCUUCCUCACUGUGGCGGCUGGCCGAGAGGAGGAGCAGGAAGGCCGGCUCGGCGAACAUUUUCAGCAACGUGAAUCUGUGGCAGCUCCAGAGACUGUUCAGGGCAGCGGGGGACCAGGAUGCGGAGCAGAGGGCCCAGCUGGUUUGGGGCCACGGAGAUGAGGCUGAACUGGCUCAGGCAUUGAUAGGACUGAGGGCCCGAACUCACAGGAGAGGGUUGAGGACUAACGGACGGGAAGUGCUGGGCUCACACUGGCUACGAGCCUUCAAUCACCUCAGGAUCGGGGAGAGCUCGACGAACAGCCAGGGGAAGGACCCCGGGGAGGAGAGUGAUUCUGAGGCAGGGGCACACAGCAGUCCGGAGCCACACCGACAGUCUUCUGUAGGGACAUCAGGAAGAGGUAAAGGGGCCACUGAAAGCCAGGGCCCUGCAGGGACUUCUGAGAGACCAGUUAGAACCAGCUCAGGAUUGAGAAGAGGAGAGAACAACCCGGAGAGAUACCUCCACAGAAUACUGCACUGACUUGACCAAAUCCUCCGAGACACAAAAACUGACUUUUUAGUCUGUACCUCUGAGAGUCUACCAGCAGUUAACAGUCCGCACAGCCUGCUGGUCUCUCCUGAAUACCGCUAUGAUGAGUUCAGAAUCUGAAACUCGGUUGAAUUAACUUGACUAAACCAUUUACAGUUACACAGGAAACUGUACUUCAGGUGGAAAGAAUAGAUUAGUUUCUCAUAAUGCCAUAAUGUCUGCCCUUUUUAACGGCACUGAUCACAUGGCAGAAUACUGGCACUGCAUUGUUAAGUCCACCUGAAUAAUAACAGCGGCACAAACCUCUGACUGGCUCCUGGAAUCCCACAACUUUAUAAAAUGGUUGCCUCUCAUGUACUGCCUUAUAUGUUCUCCUAAAUUCAUCCCACCACCCCCACUAUCCAUGCACACUGAUAAUUCUAGACAGUGAUGUGACCUCAAAUAGUUUUAUAGUUCAGUGGUGUGAAAAGGUGAGUAAAGUUAGUAACUAUGAACUUAUUUAACUGAUCACUGUACUGCAAUAAUUCUUUUUUUUUUUUUUUGAAAGAUUUUGACCUAGUGUUUAUUAGGCUAGAGUACUAAUAUUAUAAUGUGUGGCUACACUGUGGAUGUAACAGCUGUUAUAUCCCCUUCCUGGAGCCAGUGGUGGUAAACAUACACAAAUGUUUUACUCAAGUAGAAGUACAGAUAUGUGUUUAAUCAAAAAAAAAGAAAAAGUAAAGGUAGAAGUACUGGUUCAAUGUCUUUACUCAAUUAAAAGUUGAAAACUACAGACUCACAAUGUACUCAACGUAUAAAAGUAAAAAGUACUCUCUUGGAUUCUCUGAAGGACAUUUCUAUCGGUGGUUUCUGUGCAAAGCUCACUGAAACUUCAAAUAGGGUCUUCUCUUUUUUUUUUUCUUUCUUCGUGAUCGUCAUGUUACAUCUGCCGUGUGUGAUAAGCGCCGGUCAAUGAUUCCCCUCAAAUGCAUUAAAACUAAAGCAAUGACUCUGUUUUUAAAAUGUGAGUAGAAAGUAUUCGUACUUUGUUACUUUCCAACUCUGCCUGUACUACAAAAAGCCACAUAUGUAGCUAUAUAUAUGUGAGAUGAUGUACUGUACUGUAUGUAUGUAUGUAUAUUAGCUUGAACAUAUGUUAACUUCUUAAUUGUUGUAUUCACACUAAUUGAAGUGUUAAAACUGAGAUAAGCUUUACUCACUGUGUGUGUGUGUGGGUGUGGGUGUGGGUGUGUGUGUACUAUUAAUGGCUAUGUUAGGUGUCAUGAGAUGUAGAAACGCAUGUUGAAACAUACAUGCCACGGCACAUUUUACAGACUCAAAUGAUUCUAAUUCAAUGUGUUAUGCCAUGAAUGGAAGCCAGUCACUGGUUUGUAUUUACUGAAAGUGUCAGGCGGUCAACUCUGCCUAGAGACCAAAAAUAAUAAAUUAGAGCUGCAAAGCCAACAACCCUCACUGUGCAGGGAAAGUUCAUUAAAAUGUUCAUGGUAACAGUGUUUAAACCUGCUGUACCUACAAAAGUCUUUAUACCACCAACCUUAUCACAUUGCUGGAAGCUUAAUGAAGCUUUUUGAUACUGUUUGAUUUUUAGAUUUGUGGUAAUAAAAAAGUGAGUCUUCGA